ACUGUGAGGGGUUCAAGAGGAAUUCCUAGUUGCAAUUUUUCCAUACAAACGCUCUCGACUGUUUCCUCCCUAGAUUUUUAACCUAGGGCAAUGAUUUUUUCAAAAAAGAUCAAUAAGAUCAAUAUCUGUGCCGCUAUGUUUUGCUUUUUUGGAUUAUUUUAUUUUGAAGAAACUUAUAGCGCCUCGAAAAUCGCUACAACGGCUCAAUUUAAUUGGCUACAAAUAAGGCGCAGUAUACAAAUAUGACAACAAAUAUCCAAAAAAUAAAAACAUAGCGGCAUAGAUUAUUUCUUCCUCAUACAGUUUCCAAAAUUUCAUAAUGAUUGGUUGCGUUUUGGAGGAGGGAACAGCCGAGAGCGAAACCUCGAUUUUUUUGUUUUUUGAGUGUGAAUUUUAGUCCGAGCUGCGGUUGUCCUUAUCGCACGCACGCACUCCCAUCCCACCGCAGCGCGACAGAAACAUGCUUCAAAAAUUCGAGAAGAGAGAGAGAAAGUUGCUCAGCUAGGAAUUCGUCUUCAGUAGCUUCAGCUCAAGAUGGGUGCGUUGAUGGAAGUGGAGCCGUGCGUCAAAGGCUCCGUCGCGAGCCAUGUCGUCAUCGACGCCAUCGGUAUGGUCCAGGGUUUGUCCCAACUGGCCAACUUACCAGACCCCCCUACAGACGCCAUUCAGAUGCUCCUCUCCAGCGUCCAAUUCGACCAAACUGACCAACCUGAGACAGCCACCGAUCAUGCCUCAGAAAAACUAAAUGGGAAACGUAAAAGAACUCCGAAAAAAGGAGAGAAUACUUGUCACUGUGAAUUUUGCCCUCGAACGUACGCCAACAAAUGGAAUUUAAAAAGACAUGUUGAUAAAGACCAUCCGGUUAAACGUAAAAGGCUCGUGGAGACUGAAGUUUAUGAAUGCGAAGAGUGUGAUUACAUGUCCGCUUCUCAAGUGGCACUUGAAAUACAUUUGAAAACGCAUAGCUCUUUAAUAAAGACUAAGUCACCGAGAUCAAAGUGCGCUUUUUGCGACAAAGAAUGUGUAGUGAUGUAUGAACACUACAUCUCUAAACAUAAAAUUGAAUAUCCCGAACAAAUUAUGUUUGACAACGGGAAUGUACUGGUCCAUUCUUCUAUAAACCCAGAUAAAGGGAAGGCUCCGUGGUUUUUAAAAGAGAAGGAAAAAAUGAAUCGGUACACGGACGUCACCUGCCGAUUAUGUGAAGCGGAACCUUGGUUUAAUAGUCGAGAGAUUUUGGAAAGCCAUUAUGUGAUGUACCAUAUGGUUGACCCGAAUAUGGUAGAAAACCUUAACCACGUGUUUAGGGCGCAGAAGGGUGCUCAUUUGAUCGAUUUGCCUGCAUCGCAGACCCCUAAGCGGAAACAGUCAGAUAUAAGAACUCCAAUAAAAAAGAAAGUGUCUUUCGUAGGAAAUAAAGAUAAGCAUAGCAGCAAAGUGAACUCGGAAAGGAAGAUUGAGGAGAAAACGAGCAAACCCGAGCGGAGUGGUGGCUUUCCUUGUCAAGAAUGCGAUCAAGUGUACACCACGGGAGCACUUUUAGAUAAACAUAAAAAUGAAAUUCACGCUCCUACAACAGAAGAUAAGACGAAACAUGGAAAGUAUCCAUGUUGUUUGUGCAAUAAAUAUAUUGUAGGCAUUUAUAAACAUUACGGGAAUGUACACAGCAUUGAUGAUGCUGAGCAAAUUCUGUUUAACAACGGAAACGUGUUAGUGCGUGCUGAUAUUGACACCAAAUGUGGUCAGGCCCCGUGGUUUAUAAGUCAAAAAGAAAAGGCGGAGAAUAAAUACACGCCGAGCACUUGUAGAUUGUGUGACGCUGAUUUUUCGGGCGCUGGCGUAAGCCUGGAUAGACAUUACUUAAAAGGACAUAAAGUUGAUCCGGAUGCAUUGAAAAGGCUUGAUAAUCUUCGGUGCAUGUUCAGAGCUGACAAGAGGGCGCAUUUGGCUGAUUUGCCCACGAGCACUAUGAAGGCCAAGCCUCAGCGGAGAGCUUCAUCGUUCCAAAGUACAUCUCGCCCAGGAAACUCUGAAAGCAAACGCAAAUCUGAACCUAACGCUGAACGUGAUUCGAAAGCAGGGGAGAGUGAGCAAGAUGUGUCUGGACUGAUCAUAUAUCAGUGCGGGGAAUGCGAGAUCGCCGCGACCACGUGCGAUGCCUCCAUCGAGCAUGCUCAGCUCCACCACUUUCCUCGCUAUACGCCCAUACCACAGACCUGCGCCGUCUGCCAAUUCUCGUUCGAAGCUCAGUGCUUCGCUGACCACUCCUCGAACCAUCUCAACAACAAUGAAUACAAAAUAGUAAAGUUCCAUCCUUCUAAAUUGCUGGACAAUUGGUCUGACAUGUUUGAAGGCUUGUCCGAAACUCAUGUGGACAGAAUUAAGUCUUCCAGUACUUAUCAGCACACUAGACGGGUUAAAAUGAACUCGAAUGUCGCUUCAGGAAUACCUUUGUAUCAGUGCGGCAAAUGUGAGCUGUACGUUCGUCCGAAAGACGUUGAAGGGCACUGUUAUAAUAAUAUUUGUAUGGAAAAUCAGGCCCCAGGCCACUUUUGCUCCGAUUGUGAGAUAUAUUUCUUCACUUCAGUGGCUCUGACGGAACAUGAAAAAGACCAUAAAAUGUAUAGCCCCGAAUUUUUUAGAACAGUUACUUUCAACUGUAAGGAGGAUGAACUUAUAAACAGAGCUUUGCAAAACAUACAAAAGAACACAAUUUCUAAGGAAACUUCCAGAAACAAUACAGAAACACAGCAGAGGAAUAGAGGGAAAGAGAUAAAAAUUAUCGAAGAUGUUGUGGUCAGUGUAUUUUGUGAUUAUUGUAAACAAUCGAUCAUAUAUUCAGAGUUUGAGGGUCAUGCAGCCAUUCACAAAAAUCUAAAUGCAGAUAGUUCGCAAUGUGAAGAGAAUCAGAGGACUGAAGAAGAGUUACAAGAUCGGAAUAAUGUAGACUCUAAUCUUAAAGAAGGUCAUAAAUCUGGAGAAGUUACCGAAGAAGUGUCACAAAAACGAAUUAGUGUGGAAUCUAACGCUCAAGAUGGAGAAGUUACCCCUCAAACUGACGUAAACGAUACAGUCACCAACGGAGGAGGUACAGUGGAGCAAUGGAAUAGCGACAAUGACUCAUGCAACAGCCUCUUAGCCCCUGUUUCUUCCUUUGAUGUUCGGGUAGAAGUUCAUGUAGAGAAACAAGAAGAUAACGAUACGAAUAAUUUCGAACUCCAAGAUAUUUUAGAUGAGUUUAGUGAAGAAAUGACAAAUGAUUUAAAACGUGAUAUACAACAUUUAGGACUUAAGUUAUUCGGCAUGGCCUAUAUACCAGAUGAAAACAUAAAUAAUGAAGAUUCACUAGAUAUAAAGAGUGGAUCAACGGAACAUGGCGAAACAAGUGACGAUAAUCGAGGUCAAGAUAUUAAUGAUAAAGAUAAAUUGAUUGAAACAACUGAAAAUCAGAUUGAAAAUAAUAACAAUUCCAAAAAUAAUACAACUAAUGCUGCAAAUCAAAAAUCAAACGAUUCAAAUGGUAAUGAUGAUAUUAUCAUUGAAAUAAUUGAUGAUAGUGAUAGUGACGAUGAAAUAGAAUUUCAAGCUGAACGUCGAGAAUUAGGUGCUAAACCAUCAUCAAGGGACAUUUUAACUAAAAUGUUGUCCAAAGAAGAAUAGGGUAAGUUCAAGUGCAAUAGGGUUGUUUCCAUCUACAAAUGUUAGGGCAGAAUUGCGUCCCAAUAAAUUGUUUUGGAUUAUAAGAACAUGUUAAACUACUUUUAAGGGGCCUGUAAUGACCAUAGUUUUGUAAAUAUUCAAUUUAAAAUAUCUUUUGGCACACGUCACGUGACCAAGCUCGAAACGUUAUCGAAGAUUCUAAUGACGUCACAACUCUCGGAUUGACACUGUUGACAGUUAGGCGAUAAACAACAAAUGACAAAUGUCAGUUGACAGUUCGUAUCUUCUACCUGUGUAUAUAGUUAUGU